AGGAAAUUCUAGCUCCCUCAUCAACGAAGAGACCUUCAGUGAAUAAGAAGGUUCCAGAGCGAGAAAGAGCAAGCUCCAUGUGUGGUCCAUCAGGGAUGUCUUGGACAUCUCUUGGCCCUUUCCAAAAACUUGGGGUCCAGUGUAGCAGGAAACGUCCCACCCAACCUCCGCAAGUCACCUCGGAGAGGAGGAGCCAGAUGGCUGAGAGCUGCAAGAAAAAUUCAGGACCAUGAUGGCUCAGUUUCCCACAGCUAUGAACGGAGGUCCAAAUAUGUGGGCUAUUACCUCUGAAGAACGCAAUAAGCAUGACAAACAGUUUGAUAACCUCAAGCCUUCAGGAGGUUUUAUAACAGGUGAUCAGGCCCGUACUUUUUUCCUACAGUCAGGUCUACCGGCCCCGGUUUUAGCUGAAAUAUGGGCCUUAUCAGAUCUGAACAAGGAUGGGAAGAUGGAUCAGCAGGAGUUCUCCAUAGCUAUGAAACUCAUCAAACUAAAGCUUCAAGGCCAGCAGUUGCCUGUAGUUCUCCCUCCUAUCAUGAAACAGCCCCCUAUGUUCUCUCCGCUGAUCUCAGCUCGUUUUGGGAUGGGAAGCAUGCCCAAUCUGUCCAUUCCUCAGCCAUUGCCUCCAGUUGCACCUAUAACAACACCCUUGUCUUCUGCAACUUCAGGGACCAGUAUUCCUCCCUUAAUGAUGCCUGCUCCCCUAGUGCCUUCCGUUAGUACAUCAUCAUUACCAAAUGGAACUGCCAGUCUCAUUCAGCCUUUAUCCAUUCCUUACUCUUCUUCAACAUUGCCUCAUGCAUCAUCUUACAGUUUGAUGAUGGGAGGAUUUGGUGGUGCUAGUAUCCAGAAGGCCCAGUCUCUGAUUGAUUUAGGAUCUAGUAGCUCAACUUCCUCAACUGCUUCCCUCUCAGGGAACUCGCCCAAGACUGGGACCUCAGAGUGGGCAGUUCCUCAGCCUUCAAGAUUAAAGUAUCGGCAAAAAUUUAAUAGUCUGGACAAAAGCAUGAGUGGAUACCUCUCAGGUUUUCAAGCUAGAAAUGCCCUUCUUCAGUCAAAUCUGUCCCAAACUCAGCUGGCUACCAUUUGGACUCUGGCUGACAUUGAUGGUGAUGGACAGUUGAAAGCUGAAGAGUUUAUCCUGGCAAUGCACCUCACUGAUAUGGCCAAAGCUGGACAGCCGUUACCCCUGACUUUACCUCCUGAGCUUGUCCCUCCGUCUUUCAGAGGGGGGAAGCAAAUUGAUUCCGUUAAUGGAACUCUACCUUCGUAUCAGAAAACACAAGAAGAAGAACCACAGAAGAAAUUGCCAGUUACUUUUGAGGAUAAACGGAAAGCCAACUAUGAACGAGGAAACAUGGAACUGGAGAAGCGACGCCAGGCCUUGAUGGAACAGCAGCAGAGGGAGGCUGAGCGAAAAGCCCAGAAGGAAAAGGAAGAGUGGGAGCGAAAGCAGAGAGAAUUACAAGAACAAGAAUGGAAGAAGCAACUGGAAUUGGAAAAACGCUUGGAGAAGCAGAGAGAACUGGAGAGACAGCGAGAGGAAGAGAGGAGAAAGGAGCUAGAAAGACGAGAGGCAGCAAAACAGGAACUUGAAAGACAGCGUCGUUUAGAAUGGGAAAGAAUCCGUCGACAGGAACUUCUCAAUCAAAAGAAUAGAGAACAAGAAGAAAUCGUCAGGCUGAACUCUAAAAAGAAGAGUCUCCAUCUUGAGUUGGAAGCAGUGAAUGGAAAACAUCAACAGAUCUCAGGCAGACUUCAAGAUGUCCGAAUCAGAAAGCAAACACAAAAAACUGAGCUAGAAGUUUUGGAUAAGCAGUGUGAUCUGGAAAUUAUGGAAAUCAAACAACUUCAACAAGAACUUCAGGAAUAUCAAAAUAAGCUUAUCUAUCUGGUACCUGAAAAGCAACUACUAAAUGAAAGAAUUAAAAACAUGCAGCUUAAUAACACACCUGAUUCAGGGAUCAGUUUACUUCAUAAAAAAUCAUCAGAAAAGGAAGAAUUAUGCCAAAGACUUAAAGAACAAUUAGAUGCUCUUGAAAAAGAAACUGCAUCUAAGCUCUCAGAAAUGGAUACGUUUAACAAUCAACUGAAGGAACUGAGAGAAAGCUAUAAUACACAGCAGUUAGCCCUCGAACAACUUCAUAAAAUCAAACGUGACAAAUUGAAGGAAAUUGAAAGAAAAAGAUUAGAGCAAAUACAGAAAAAGAAGCUAGAAGAUGAGGCUGCAAGGAAAGCAAAGCAAGGAAAAGAAAACUUAUGGAGAGAAAGUAUUAAAAAGGAAGAAGAAGAAAAACAAAAGCGGCUUCAGGAAGAAAAGUCACAGGAGAAAACUCAAGAAGAGGAGCGAAAAGCUGAGGCCAAACAAAGUAAGGAUGAAGGUGAGACAGCUAGUGCUUUGGUGAAUUAUAGAGCAUUGUACCCAUUUGAAGCAAGGAACCAUGAUGAGAUGAGUUUUAAUUCUGGGGAUGUCAUUCAGGUUGAUGAAAAAACCAUAGGAGAGCCUGGUUGGCUUUAUGGCAGCUUUCGGGGAAAGUUUGGCUGGUUUCCAUGUAACUAUGUAGAAAAAAUGCCGUCCAGUGAAAAAGCUCCGUCUCCUAAGAAGGCCUUACUUCCUCCUACAGGGUCUCUCUCUGCUACCUCAGCUUCUUCCCAACCACUUUGUUCAACUCAACCAGCAUCAGUGACUGAUUAUCAAAAUGUAUCUUUCUCAAACCUUACUGUUAACACGUCAUGGCAAAAAAAGUCAGCUUUUACUCGCACUGUGUCCCCUGGAUCCGUGUCUCCCAUUCAUGGACAGGGGCAGGCUGUAGAAAACUUGAAAGCUCAGGCCCUUUGUUCUUGGACAGCAAAGAAAGAGAACCACUUGAACUUCUCAAAGCACGACGUCAUUACUGUCCUGGAGCAGCAGGAAAAUUGGUGGUUUGGAGAGGUACAUGGAGGAAGAGGAUGGUUCCCCAAAUCUUACGUCAAGAUCAUUCCUGGGAGUGAAGUAAAGCGAGAGCCAGAAGCCUUGUAUGCGGCUGUAAAUAAGAAACCUACCUCCACAGCCUAUCCAGUUGGAGAAGAGUACAUUGCACUUUAUCCUUACUCAAGUGUAGAGCCUGGAGAUUUGACUUUCAAUGAAGGUGAAGAAAUAUUGGUGACCCAGAAAGAUGGAGAGUGGUGGACGGGAAGUAUUGGAGAGAGAACUGGAAUCUUCCCUUCCAACUAUGUCAAACCAAAAGAUCAAGAGAAUUUUGGGAAUGCUGGCAAAUCUGGAACAUUAAACAAGAAACCUGAGAUUGCUCAAGUGACUUCAGCAUAUGCCGCUUCCGGUGCUGAGCAGCUCAGCCUUGCACCAGGGCAGUUAAUAUUAAUCUUAAAGAAAAACACAAGUGGGUGGUGGCAAGGAGAGCUACAGGCCAGAGGGAAAAAACGACAGAAGGGGUGGUUUCCUGCCAGCCACGUGAAGCUGCUGGGUCCAAGUAGUGAGAGAACCACACCUGCCUUUCACGCUGUGUGUCAGGUGAUCGCUAUGUAUGACUAUGCAGCAAAUAAUGAGGACGAGCUCAGUUUCUCCAAGGGACAGCUGAUUAAUGUUAUGAACAAGGAUGAUCCUGACUGGUGGCAAGGAGAAGUCAAUGGGGUGACUGGUCUCUUUCCUUCAAACUAUGUUAAGAUGACAACAGACUCGGACCCAAGUCAACAGUGACCCAAUGUUGUCUUCCAGUUGUGAAAGCACCCCAGAGACCCACUAUCCAAGUUUGACUCUAGCGUGGAGGCAGGGCAGGCAGCCCUGAUCAAAUAUCUCCUACACAAUUCGUUUACUUCGCUUCAAUGUUAGAGCCACUUGUGAUUAUUUAUUUGUGUUUCUAAUUUACAGUUAAAAUUUAUUUGUAACAAUUUCAAGGAUAGUGGGUCUUUGUGUGGCUUUCCCUGCUGUUCACUCUGGCAUCCUUUAGCAUUUUUCUUCCUUUUUUAAUUUGGCAAUUGUAGGUCAUUAGCAUGCAUAUUCAGUUUGCCCUUACAUGGUGGGAGUACAAACACACAAAGACCCACUAUUUGCACAAACUGUUCUGUCUGGUUUGGAAUGGGCUGCCAUGCUUUUCCAAUGCUGUUGCAAAUUGUAUAUUCAUUAUGGAAUUCAGGUGAUGUUUGCUUAUGUUCUGCUAUUAUAUUUGAUAUAAUUCUAAUCACGAGAGCCCAUAAUUGGCUCAAUCUGUGAUUUGCCCUCAAAUAAUCACUGUUUGUUACUUUCUAAUAUGCCAUUCUAAGUACCAAUAGUCAGGUUUGUUUGAAAGCCGAGAAUGGAAACAGCCUUUUGUAUGUUUCUGUGUAAUCUGAAUAGGAGCAAUAAUAUUGGAAGAACUUCCCUUGUCUCACAGAAGAUGAAAGUGGUGUGCUCUGGCCAUUGUGUGCAGAGUAGUGUAUGUCUGGUUUGACUUGACUGCCCAAGGAUGAGUGUACGACUCGGGCAGUUCCUUUAGGGUCUCAGGUGCUCUUGGUUGCAGAUCUGUGCUCCAGCACACAGUUACUGCUUUAUUGAUGACAUAAACAUCGAUUGCUUUCAAGAAUGGAAAGUGUCCAUCAUUGACUGUGAGUGAGAAACUUCCCCUAGCUUAGAGCACUUAUAUCUGUAAUAUAUUCUAAAGUAGAAUUUACAUUAUCUCUUGUAGUCAGGUGACUACUUACCUAGUAUAGAAAACAGCACUGUUGGCAUUCAUAAUGCAUUUAGUAAAAAUCAUAAGGAAUCCUUGAAGAGGUUGUGCCAGACCUGAAGCAGGCUUGAAAGCUCUAGCCAAGGACCCAUAAUGGUAAAGGCAUGUGAGAACUGGCAUUCCUCUAUGCCCAUGAGGCUUCUUUGAGACUAGCAUAUUGAUGUUGCUAUCCAUACUUUCCUGGCUAAUAUUCUUCUCCCACAUCGGCUCCUUUGACAUAGGAUUUUACCUCUUCCCUUGAAUGGAAAGCACUCUAACAAAAUAGACAUUAUUAUAAACUAGUAUGUAUGAGAGCACUUAGCUGAAAUGAAAAAGAAUUUUAAUACAGUAUUAAACCAUAUUUGAAAAUCAAUGAGCAAUUUAUGCAUUUUAAAAUGUUUACAAAUUGCAGUGCAAUCUACUGUUUGAGAAAUGUCAGAUAAAUGUAUAUACAAUCACAGAGUCUUAUUCCUCAUAGAGUUCUUUGAGAAAAUGAAACAUGCUUUUAUACCUCUCAUUUUCAUUUAAAGGCAUAUUUGUGCAAUAUUUAUGUUAAUGUGCCUAUAUAUUAUGAAUGAAUUAUUGCAAUUGUACAUUACCUAAAUCAUGAAAGAACCAACAGUUUAGUUACAACUUUACAAAGCUCUGAUAUCUGGUUUGGAAAACUUCACACUAUUGCAAUGUUGGGAGAUGUAUAUGUGUGCUCCCAGGGGUGGGGAUUUCUGCUAAAGUUCUUAAACCACCUCCAUUUUAGCAUUUGCCAUCAUAGUAGUAUUUUAAAUGACAUUCAUAGGAAAGCAAUAGUAUCCAUUUAUAGAUGGGUAAGAGAAUUGCCUGCAGUCACUAAGAAACAAUGCAAAGACUGAUUCCAAACUGACUUUUCCACAAUAUAUAGAUUACCCGAAUUUGCUUUUUAUCUCCUCAACAUUCUGUCUUUACAUCCUUGAAUUCAGUGUGUGGACAGCUGCUAUUGUAUAAGCCAAGGUCAGAAAUUCAAGCACUGCUAAUUAACUGCAUUGUUCCAUAAAGCCCUUUUUUCUGUUAUAAUUUUUAUUUUGGGCUUUCUACUAUACUGAUAAAUUACCCCAAAAGUAUUUUUAUAGGUCAAAUCACUUGAUUUCUCCAUCACUAAGAGUAGACUACUAGAAAUGGCACUCAGGUUGAACUCAGCAUCUAUGAUCAGUCUGAAAAUAACAUGUUCAUCAGAUACCUGUGGUUUAAGUCAUACACUGGCCCAUCAUUCAGAGUAAAUGUCAGUCUAGAAAAUAAAUUUACUGUGUUAACCAGAUACUGCCUGGGUGGGUAUAUUGUCAUGUAUUUGAUAGGAAGCUGUAAGGAAGGACAUUGUAUGACGUAUAAUCAUUUAAAUCGUUCUUAUAAGUGCAUGCAAUCUGUUGCAAUACCUUAUCAGUCAUGUAUUUGCUCUCUUCCUGAUUUUCUGUAAGGCAGCUUUCUGUUGCUUAAAAGGAAAGAGCUUAUUGGAAGCAUAAUUUAAAAAUUGGAAUACAAUAGAAUCAAUCAGUUGGAACUUGCAGAAAAUGCCUGGUUAAGAUCACACUGUAUGGCAGGCACUUCUAAAACAUGUGCUUGAACUUGACAGCAGUGCAAGGGGGGAAAAAGCUACAGCCAAAACUCUUCUUUUAGAAAAUUGGAAACUAAAAAUUAUCUAUCGAUUAUAUAUUUUCUCUGAAUCUUUGACUAUUUUGAAAUAAUGCAACACUUAAAACGGUCACUGUUUUAAAAUACAAUAUGGAGCUAGAGCUCAAAAGAAAGAGAUUGGGGGGAGGAAAUGCAAGAAAGAAAUGAAGUCCAGGCCAAAGCUUUAUCUGCCAAGUUUUCUUAGAAUGAGUUUACCAAAUUAUGAAUUUCUGUAAAUAGCUGGUGGGAACACUGAGACCCUUUGCCUAGGGUGGCAUUCUUACAUGCUGCUGUGACGCUACUGUAAUGUAAUAAAUUAUUAAAUUGUUGCAAAGUGAUGUAUUUGCCUUAAAUUUUUAUUUUGUGUGUCUUGAAAACUAUAGUAUUAAAGGUAUUGAGAUUGUGCAAAUGCUGGGCACGCUUGGCAUGAAAUAAUCUGUUUUUAUUUUUACACAAUUGUAAUAUAACUAUGCAAGUGUGUUUAUUAAAAGAACACAAACUCCA